AUGAGCUGGUUAAGAAUUACGUACACCGAGUGUGGGGAGAGUGAGAAUGAGGAGAGUGAGAAUGAGGAGAGUGAGAAUGAGGAGAGUGAGAAUGAGGAGAGUGAGAAUGAGGAGAGUGAGAAUGGAGAGAGCGAGAGUGAGGAGAGUGAGAAUGAGGAGAGUGAGAAUGAGGAGAGUGAGAAUGAGGAGAGUGAGAAUGAGGAGAGCGAGAAUGAGGAGAGCGAGAAUGAGGAGAGUGAGAAUGAGGAGAGUGAGAAUGAGGAGAGUGAGAAAGAGGAGAGCGAGAGUGAGGAGAGUGAGAAUGAGGAGAGCGAGAGUGAGGAGAGUGAGAAUGGGGAGAGUGAGAAUGAGGAGAGNGGUACAAUAGUGUAA